AAAAUUAUAGAAAAAAUAUUCUAAUUGGUAUGUAUGUUCUAAUAUCAUAAAUCUAUAUUGGAUUUAAAUAUUAAAAAAUAUUUAUUAUACAAAUGUAUCAAUAAACAAAUUAAAUUUUUACAUGAAUGAUUAUCUUCUACUAAUAAAUAAAAUUUAGUGUACUAUUAUAUGAUAUAAAAACAUGGCAGAAAAUGGAUCUAUCAUAAUACCAAAUAUAAAACAAUUACAUGAGAAUGAUCAUAUAUCUAUUACUAAUCUAGAUUAUUCUAGCAUUAGAGGAAAGAGUGUUUUAGUUAGUCCAUCAGAAGAUCAAUAUGAAUUGUUACUUAAACGUUUAAAAGAAAGAAUUCAAGAUGGUGGUAGUGAAACAAUUUUUGAUAUUGGUAUUGGUGGAGAUGGUUCUGAAGAUGGUUUAAAAGAAGAUGAAUAUGAAGCAUCACUUGCAACUUUACAAUCUCUUGCUGCAACAUUAGAAGCAGAUUGUGUACUUUUACGUCAGAGUAAAGUUGAUCAUGGCCUUAUAGGACAAUAUUUGGUGCGAAGGCGUUUAGAUAGACAAGAUUUCUUAGAAAUAAGAGUGGCUGUUGUUGGUAAUGUUGAUGCUGGGAAAUCAACACUUUUAGGGGUAUUGACACAUGGAGAACUUGAUAAUGGUCGAGGUUUAGCACGUCAAAAAUUGUUCCGACAUAAACAUGAAGCUGAAACAGGACGUACUAGUUCAGUUGGAAAUGAUAUUCUUGGAUUUGAUAGUGUUGGUAAUGUAGUAAAUAAACCAGAACAUGGAUCUUUAGAUUGGGUUAAAAUAUGUGAGAAAUCUUCUAAAGUUAUUACAUUUAUUGAUUUAGCUGGUCAUGAAAGAUAUUUGAAAACAACUGUUUUUGGGAUGACAGGACAUGCCCCUGAUUUUGGUAUGUUAAUGGUUGGAGCAAACGCUGGCAUUGUUGGUAUGACAAAAGAACAUUUAGGUUUGGCUUUAGCUUUGUCAGUUCCAGUAUUUGUUGUAGUUACAAAAAUUGAUAUGUGUCCACCAAAUAUAUUACAAGAAAAUUUAAGAUUAUUAAUAAGGAUCUUAAAGUCCCCAGGUUGUAGAAAAGUACCUGUUACUGUAAAAACUCCUGAUGAUGUUGUUGUUAGUGCUACUAAUUUUGUAUCAGAACGAUUAUGUCCUAUUUUUCAAGUAUCGAAUGUUACGGGAGAAAACUUAAACCUCCUUAAAAUGUUUCUAAAUUUAUUAACUGCAAGAAUGAGUAGUCAUGAAGAUGAACCAGCGGAAUUUCAAAUAGAUGAUACAUAUUCAGUGCCAGGAGUAGGUACUGUCGUUUCUGGCACAACAUUAAAAGGUAUUAUAAAAUUAAAUGAUAUUCUAUUAUUAGGACCUGAUCCUUUAGGUCGAUUCAUUCCAAUUGCAAUAAAAAGCAUUCAUAGAAAAAGAAUGCCUGUUCGAGAAGUAAGAGGUGGCCAAACUGCUAGUUUUGCAUUGAAAAAGAUUAAAAGAUCGCAAAUUAGAAAAGGUAUGGUAAUGGUUGCACAAGUAUUAAAUCCACAAGCUUGUUGGGAAUUUGAAGGAGAAAUUCUUGUAUUACAUCAUCCUACAACAAUAAGUUCUUGUUACCAAGCUAUGGUACAUUGUGGAAGUAUAAGACAAACAGCAUCUAUAAUUUCUAUGUCACAAGAUUGUUUAAGAACAGGUGACAAAGCUUUAGUACGUUUUAGAUUUAUAAAACAUCCUGAGUAUAUAAAACCAGGACAAAGAAUGGUAUUUAGGGAAGGACGUACUAAAGCAGUGGGCAAUGUAAUAAAAUUAAUUCCAUAUUCUAACACUACAGUUAUACAAACAUGUAGAACUAAUAAGCCAAAUAAAAUAUCUCAAAAUCGACAAAAUUCUUCAUCUGCAAUACAAUUACUAGAUACAACUGAAACAAAUUCUUCAUUUGAAGGACAAACAUCAAAACAAGAAAAUAUACUUCAAAAAUCUAAUAAACGUCAAAAUAAAAAAGGUAGAGGACGAAGGGGAGGACGAUCUCAUAAUACAAUAAACAGUAUUAUUCAACCAUUAUCAGAACAAAAUCCUCCUAUGAAAUUAUGAAUUAUUUUAUGUUUUAAACUUUUAAACAUGUAUAUACAUAGAAACUUAUAUAUUAUAAAACGCCAAUAUAUUUAUGAGACAUCUUUGAAGAAUUGAUUCUAGAAAUUAAAACAAACGAAAAAAUUCGUAUACAAAAAUGUUGACUGAAACUUAUUUAUUAAGUUACAAACAGUUGCAUUAAAUGAAAUAGAAAAAAAGAAACAACUCUUCAAAAAGUGCCUCAUAAAUCUAUAUUAAUUCUAUAUUAUCAGAUUAUUUUACAAUUUUCAAAAAUUAAUAUAAAAUUGUUUACUUUUAAACGAUUCUAGUUUUCAUUUUUAAUAAUUAUAAUUCUAAAAAAUACAUUAUACAAAUAUAAAUAUAUUUUUUAAUUAAUUUUCAAGAAUUGUAAAAUAUACUGUUUAUAUACAUAUAUCGUGCGCACGCGCGCAUAUGUGUGUUAUGUAUAAAUAAUAUAUUUUUAUUUUAGUAGUUAUUUAUAUUAAAAUAUAUAUAAAAUUAUUUCAUAUAAUAAUGGCAAUUUUAUCUAAUUUGGGGUUACUUAUAUUCUUAAGAAUUUUGAUCUUUACUUUCAAUAGAAAAGACCCCUGAAUUAUUAAUCUAACAUACAACGUGCUUUCAACCCUAUUAGAGUACAAAUUGUCUUUCACAGUUUUUGAGUAAAUUAAUUAAAAAAUUUAAAAUGUCGUUUUUAAAUAUAUGAAAAAAUAUGUUGUUAUUCUUAAA